AUGGCACAGUUAGCAUACUUCCAGUCUAGUUCAAUUGAGAGGAAGAUGGCACUGAUUAUGGUGUGUAACUAUAUUAGCACGCUCUAUUUGGUGGCGUUGUCAUGGUUCCUUUUAUCCAAGUAUCAUGGAUGGGAUAGGUUCUCAGGACCACACUGCAUCUUUCCUGUGAACCCUAUUUGCUUUAGAAAACUCACAAUAAGCGAAAGGUAUCUAUUUGCAGUGCCAAAGGAACAGCAGGAUAAGGUUGUCAAAUUUGACUUUCACGGGCAGCCAGCAGAAAUCAAGCAUGGUAGUGUUGUUAUAGCAGCAAUAACUAGCUGCACAAACACCUCAAUUCCUAGUGUUAUGCUUGGUGCUGGUCUUGUAGCUAAGAAAGCCUACGAGUUGGGUCUUGAGGUUAAACCAUGGGUGAAGACAAGCCUUGCCACUAGAUCAGGAGUUGUCACGAAGUACUUGCUUCAGAGUGGCCUUCAAGAAUACUUGAACCAGCAAGGAUUUCAUACUGUUGGCUAUGGUUGUACCACUUGCAUUGGAAACUCUGUCUUUAUAUAUAACUUUGGCACUAUUUUGUAUGGGAGGCGUGCGUCACAGCUGCUGAAGGAGAUUGACUCCUCUGAGGCUGGUCAGCUUGCGCCAUUCAACACUGAUGUGUUUGAUCAGGUGAUUAGAGAGUGCAGUGAGCACAAUUCACAAUUUCAAUCACUGAUCAGGAAAAUGGUGGAGCAAAACUUAGAUAUUGAGACAACUAGAAAUGAGGAUCACUAUGGUGCAGCUAUCCACCAUCGUUCCCUGCUCUGUAACAAAAGAUGCCUUAUGGCUUACAUGUACAAUCGAGCAGAAGUUAUUCAGAGUUUUAGAUGGAAAGUUGGCCCUGUGCUUCCUCAUGACAUACAAGAAAAGCUCCAUUUCUCAGAGAAAGAGUACUUCAAGAACCACUCUGCAGCCAUUAAAUCAUACAUAUCGGAGAUGGAUAUAGAUUUGACAGUAGACAAGGUUCCUCCCAAGGAUCCUUACAUUCAGGUUCGGGUGCUGGAGGACAUUGGUGAAGUAUCUCUUGGUGACCAUUCUGUAUCAUUGACCAAGAACUCACUCCAUUUCCUAAGGCGCACAGAUGCUGAACAAUUUAUAUCACAGGAUGUGUGGCGCUUCUUCUCUUCAGUGCUGCUGCCUGAUGGAAUAUCACCCUUGUGA